UCAGGCGCCUCCUCCCGCCCCAGUCACUGUGGUUCGGCGCACGCUGCCGGCUGCUGCCCUUUCCGCCUUUGGGGAAGAGAACCCACGGGCCGCUGUCGCGAUCCAACCAUGGCCUCGGGCCGCAGAGGCUGGGACAGCUCCCAUGAAGACGAUCUGCCCGUGUACCUGGCCAGGCCGGGCACCACCGACCAGGUCCCGCGGCAGAAGUACGGCGGCAUGUUCUGCAACGUGGAGGGCGCCUUCGAGAGCAAGACGCUGGAUUUCGAUGCCCUGAGCGUGGGGCAGCGCGGCGCGAAGACUCCCCGGAGCAGCCAGGGCAGCGUCCGAAGCUCGGGGAGCCGACCUGGCGCCGAGGGGGAUACCCCGCACCGGGGCCAAGGCCGGGAGGAGAGCCGGGAGCCCGCGCCCGCGUCGCCCGCGCCCGCUGGGGUGGAGAUCCGGAGCGCCACCGGCAAGGAGGUUUUGCAAAACCUCGGCCCCAAGGACAAGAGCGACCGUCUUCUGAUCAAGGGAGGCAGAAUCGUCAACGAUGAUCAAUCCUUUUAUGCUGAUAUUUACAUGGAAGAUGGCUUAAUAAAGCAAAUUGGAGACAAUCUGAUAGUCCCUGGAGGAGUGAAGACUAUCGAGGCCAAUGGGAAGAUGGUGAUCCCUGGAGGCAUCGAUGUCCACACUCACUUUCAGAUGCCAUACAAAGGCAUGACCACAGUGGAUGACUUCUUCCAAGGGACCAAGGCUGCCUUAGCAGGGGGCACCACCAUGAUCAUUGACCAUGUGGUGCCCGAGCCCGAGUCCAGCCUGACGGAGGCUUAUGAGAAGUGGCGGGAGUGGGCCGAUGGCAAGAGCUGCUGCGACUACUCCUUACAUGUGGACAUCACCCACUGGAACGACAGCGUCAAGCAGGAGGUGCAGGGCCUCAUCAAGGACAAAGGGGUGAACUCCUUCAUGGUUUACAUGGCCUACAAGGAUUGGUAUCAAGUGUCCAACACGGAGCUGUAUGAGAUCUUCACGUGUCUGGGAGAGCUGGGGGCCAUCGCUCAGGUGCACGCUGAGAACGGGGACAUCAUUGCCCAGGAGCAAACCCGAAUGUUGGAAAUGGGGAUAACUGGCCCAGAAGGCCAUGUACUGAGCAGACCAGAGGAGCUGGAAGCUGAGGCUGUGUUCCGCGCCAUCACCAUUGCUAGCCAAACCAACUGUCCUCUCUACAUCACGAAGGUCAUGAGCAAGAGUGCGGCCGACCUCAUCUCGCAAGCCAGGAAAAAAGGAAACGUGGUCUUUGGUGAGCCCAUCACUGCCAGCCUGGGCACGGAUGGGACCCAUUACUGGAGCAAGAACUGGGCCAAGGCGGCUGCAUUUGUGACAUCCCCACCUCUGAGUCCUGACCCGACCACUCCAGACUACAUCAACUCCUUGCUGGCCAGUGGAGACCUACAGCUCUCCGGGAGUGCCCACUGCACCUUCAGCACUGCCCAGAAAGCCAUUGGGAAGGACAACUUCACCGCCAUUCCCGAGGGCACCAACGGUGUGGAGGAGCGCAUGUCUGUCAUCUGGGACAAGGCUGUGGCCACGGGGAAGAUGGAUGAAAACCAGUUUGUGGCCGUGACAAGCACAAAUGCUGCCAAGAUUUUCAAUCUGUAUCCUCGCAAGGGAAGAAUAUCCGUGGGCUCUGACAGCGACCUGGUGAUCUGGGAUCCAGAUGCUGUCAAGAUCGUCUCUGCCAAGAACCACCAGUCGGCUGCAGAGUACAACAUCUUUGAAGGCAUGGAGCUGCGUGGGGCUCCUCUGGUGGUUAUCUGCCAGGGCAAGAUCAUGCUGGAAGAUGGCAACCUGCACGUGACCCAGGGGGCUGGCCGCUUCAUCCCCUGUAGCCCCUUCUCGGACUACGUCUACAAGCGCAUUAAAGCCCGGAGGAAGAUGGCGGACCUGCACGCCGUGCCAAGGGGCAUGUACGAUGGGCCGGUGUUCGACCUGACCACCACGCCCAAGGCGGGCACCCCCGCCGGCUCCACCCGGGGCUCUCCCACGCGGCCCAACCCGCCGGUGAGGAACCUGCAUCAGUCUGGAUUUAGCCUGUCAGGCACCCAAGUGGAUGAGGGAGUCCGCUCGGCCAGCAAGCGCAUCGUAGCGCCCCCUGGAGGGCGUUCUAACAUCACAUCCCUGAGUUAAGCGACCCCUCCCCCAAAGAGAGGGGCAGAAGCAAGAAGAGAUUCUUCUGAAGCCAAAAUGGUACACCAAUAUUUAAGAAGGAAAGCGAAUCCAAACAGUUUCGAUCUAAAGAAUCAAUAAGCCUCAAGCCUUAUGUUUCUCCAAUGUUAACGCUCGCUUGCCUAGCUUUACGAAUAUUGCUUUGAUUUCUGUUGAUGCAUAGCCUGGAUUUGUUUGACGCCCCUCCCCCAUUUACAUGCAUGCAAUCGGGCCACUAAGGCAAAGCGUCUGCUAUAUAGUGUUGAGAGCGUGUGUAGUGCUGCAUCUAAUGACAAGGGGACAGGAAAGCGGGGACGGCAGGAAAAUGAACAAAAGGGACGCCAGUUAAUUGGGUGAGUGGGUGGUGGGAACCCAGACCAAGGCGGAGGGCUCAGAGGGGCUGGGGUAGGGUGUGGACAGGGGAGGCGGGUGGGUGAACAUAGGGGGUCUUGUGUAUUGUGUUGAUGAAGUAUGUUAAUUUCCACGAAAGAUGGCCGCUCGGGGCAGCCGGUACUCCACCAUCGGCCCCUGGGGUCCGCAGACAAGGAAGGCGAUCUUUGAGUUCGGGACUCUGUCAUGUCCUCUCCUAGUAGAUUUUAUCCCUUGGAACAUUUUAUUAAAACACCAAAACCCAACCAUUGCUUCCACCUUUUUGGUCAUGCCAGUGUUUGGUCGGGCCUCUUUCUCAGUGUUGCUUUCAAAUUCUUCUCUUUCCUGAGUUGGGAACCAGGAGGAGAGAGAAGCAAUGACCUUUCUCUUCCUCUUGCCCUCCCUGCCUCUUUGGUGCUCUUAAAAGGCAGCAGCUGGGAGCACAGCGCCGGCCCGCGGGGUAGGGCUGCCGCACUUAAGUAACGCCUCCCUCUAAGCACCUGGCAAUCACCUCUCUAGCUCAUUAAAUGGAGACACGCAGGUGGCUUCUCAAGUUAGGCCUGGAGCUGAGAUGGACUUCUCUUGCCAGGGGUGAGUGAUUCUCUUGCUCUCCUAAGAUCCAGGCACGUCUUUUAUUGAAUAUGAUUUUUUUUUUUGUUAUUGUUGGAAAUUUGUUUUGGUAGGUGUUCCCCCAAUUUUAUUACUAACAGAGAAUCUCGGCUUAUACGAGAGGCAGCAGAGUUGUGAGAAAGGCAGUCUGAAGCAAAAGGAACACGUUCUGUUGCCGUGGUUCUGUUUGUCAAUUCUGAACCAUCUCUUGCCUUUUCCCUUAGUAUAUCCCGUGGGGGAACUUUUUGUUUCAGUACCAGUGUCUCCCAGUGAGUGGAAGUGACAUGACACGUAAAGGAAAUUAGCCUAGUGUUAGCAUCAGCCUUGUCGGUCAGACCUGAAUGUCCAAUUCCCAAUCGUUCUACUUCUGAAAAUUCAGUUGUAGAGCAAGUUUGGUGAUCCCGCUGAGGUCCAUAUUGCAGGGAAAACAUGUUCAACCCAGUAUCAGACUUCUGUGCUUAGGGGAUCCAGCUGGUAGGUCCUGCAACCCCUUGAACUAAGUACUUUCAAGAAAAGAGCAAACACCUUUCAAGUGCUUAGGAGAAGCCAUUAUCUCUGCAGGUUUUAGUAAGCUGAAGACCAGAGAAGAGGGGGUACAUGCCUAAAAAGGAGUUUGGAAAUAGCCAAGGAAGAGGAUUUCCUAUCAGUGUACUUUUCUGUUCUAAUCAUGAAAAAGAUUAUUUUCUUUCAUAAACAGAGUCUUGCUGUUUUUAAGGCUUUUUUCAUGGUGCCUUUAUCUUAAGGGGAACUUAAGCGAAGGGGAGGUUGCAGCUCUUGAUUUAUAUACUCUGAGAUUUGGGGGCCUUUUGUAGAACUCAGAAUGACAGUUUUGCAGGCAGAGGGAGCUAGUCAGAUCAGAAGCUUUCAUAUAUACCUCAUUGGCUGGUACAUUGCGGUACCAGCCACAACCACCAGAUGGAGGAAAAGACACCUAAAUGACUAGUCCUGGCAUCCUCUUGUGUGCCGUCUGCCGCUCUUACCUAAUCCCUCAGUCCAGCUCAGCCUCCCUACGACCUCUGUGCUUUGAAAAAUAAAUCUUCCAUGGCCAAAUUGGCUGCGUUUAGGACUUCUGAAUGAAACACUGAGCCAGGGCUUUAUAUUCUGCACAAGUUGUUUUCUUUUUUUCUUUUUCUUUUUGCUGAAGGAACAACCCCUGUAUGAUUCACGACGGGCAACUAACUCUCCCUGUCUUCAUUUACUGUUAGUAACUUUCCAAGCACAGAAAUUUCUGAGAAUUCCAAGAAAACUCCCAGUAUAUUGUUAACGUUGAGUUCUGGUUCCUUGUAACUUAAGUUAAAACUUGUAUUCGAAUGUGCCCUGAUCCAUGAGACCCAUCAAAGAGCCCUGUCCAAAGGGUUUAGGAAGAGAACAUGGCGGCCCUCCCAGAAUUCCCUGGCAUCUCAUCCGAGGGUGGGAGGGCAUGCUGGGUCUUCCGUCUCCUCCAAGCUUUCUUUGGCUGUCCCAUCUCUUGGCCUGGCCCCUCCUUAAGAGGGGAUGGCAAUUAUCUGCGCUUCUCUCUGGGAUGGCCGCCAUCUUUGGUAAUUGAGACGGUAUUAGAUAAAUCAGCUACCCCCUCUAGAGAUAUUUCCUCUAAGUUUUCUAAAGAGAGCAGGGCUGUAGUUAUCCCCAAAGUGUGUUUCCUCAAAGUCCAGUCAUCCUCUGGCCUUUUCCUUUGUGACUCCACACACACAGUCAUGUUCUGCCCCCAAAGGCGUCCAUUGCAAGCCUGGACUUGGGCCCCCCCAAUGAGAAAUCUUCCCAACAGCUUCUUGGCCCAAGCUGCCCAGACCUCCUCCCCUGGAACCUCCAGCUCGAGCCCCAGUGUACACGUGGGCUGCCCCAGGCAGCCAGCAUCCCUUGUCAGUUCCCUCUUUGGAAGUGGUGUGUGGGUGUUCAGUUCUGUGUCUGGUGACUAUGGACAGACAGUGACUCUCCCUGUGACCUGUGGUAGCUGUGAAGCAGCUCUGGAACGCCGAGAGCUGUUUGCUUUGAACCGUAAAGAAAACUGUGUUUUGAGUUUAGCUGAGAUUAAGCGGAAAAAAAAAAGUUCAUCAAGUGACUGUUAAUGUAAACCUGGUUAUUAAAAUAACUCUGAAACCACA